AUGGAGUCCGAACAUCAGCAAAGACAACCAAAAGGUUACUCAAAGCUGGCUGGCUUCAUGGUGCAUCGUAAUCAUGUCAUUGUUAAACAAUUCCGCGAAUUGGCGGUUAAGGACCUCCUUUAUUUGCAAGCCGAAUUAUGCGAUUUACAGUAUGAUUUUGAUCAUCAAUCUAGAAUCGAUGUGAACUCUCAGAAUGAGAAAACACGGCUAUAUGAUCGAGAAUGGUGUCAUCUCAGGUAUGCAGCUGGUGGCGGUGGGAAACAGUGGCAACUUGCCCUCCAAAUCCGAGAAAAGCUCCGCGAGUACUACUCGGCGAUUCAACAAUACCAAAAUGUUAGAGCAUUGCCGCAGCCUAGCAAUCGACGACGUGAGAUCGUGCAUUCAUACACCCUCAGCUCUACCCUUGGUGGUGAUUGUGACUUCCUCGGUCGGGAUCUCAGCAAUGUGUUCCCAUACCCUUCGGUGUAUUCCAACCAACACAGGAAUGAUAUGGUGUUCCUGGGCGACGAACCGGGAAAUGAUGACUUCCUAGCAAGAUUCAUUGUGGGUCCUGCUCUGAAGGCCUUUCAUAUAUGCUGGAGGUCAAUGAAGACGCCUGUACCUGAUUUAGAGAGUCAGGGUCCAGGAGCCUACACUACUCUAUAUCAGUACUCAGAUACCAAAAUUCGAAUUGUCGUGCAUACUCUUGGUUCCAUCAUGUCCACUAUCGUCCCAAUGGUUUCCAUUAUCGUCCUCUAUUCUGUCGACAGCAUGCCCCUGCGACUUGGUUUAGUGAGCAUUUUCAGCGUAAUCUUUUCAGCGGCCAUGAGCCUGGUUACGAAUGCUAAGAGGGUGGAAAUAUUUGCUGCUGUGGCUGCAUUUGCCAGUGUGCAGGUUGUCUUCAUAUCGACAACUCGGAACCCUUAGGUUCCAUAUCUCUAAC